AUGUACAGCACAGUUCUACUACUGCUCGGACUUGUGGUCGCUGGUCAUUCAGCUUCCCUGUCCGCCGGUCCUGCUGCGAACCAAUGGAUGCUAAUUCCGGACGGUAACGGACGGUUACAUCUGGCCAACCUGAACCCGUACAACAUCGACGAGACCGUACCGGAGCCUCACUUCACCGCUGCUACUGACACGAUCUUCCGGCUGUACACUCGCAGCAACCGCAACGCGCCACAGGUCGUGCAGUUGAACGAUGCCGGUUCCCUGACGGCAUCUAACUUCAACACAGCACAUCCGACCCGCUUCAUCAUUCACGGAUGGAACAACGACGGGUUCUCGGAGGUGAACAUGAUGCUGAAGGAUGCCUGGUUGGACCGCGGAGACUUUAACGUGUUCACCGUCGACUGGGGAGUUGGUGCACAGACCAUUAACUAUCCGUUCGCUCGGGCACGUGUGUCCGCCGUCGGCAACGUAGUGUCUACGUUCAUCAACUUCGUGCAGGCCAACACGGGUAUCAGCUUCGCUAGUAUCAGCAUUGCGGGACACAGUCUCGGAGCGCACGCCGCAGGCAAUGCUGGAUUUUUCCAGUUCGGUCGCCUGAAUACCAUCUUCGGUAUGGACCCGGCCUUGCCACUGUUCUCCCUGGACAGCAACGAUCGAUUGACGCUGAAUGAUGCGCAGUACGUUGAGUCGAUUCACACCAAUGCCGGUCUGCUUGGGUUCGAUUUGCCGCUUGGGCAGGCCUCUUUCUACCCGAACGGAGGACGCACCCAGCCUGGAUGUGGCGUUGACAUUGCUGGCGCUUGUGCGCACGGCCGUGCUUAUGAGUUCCUGGCCGAAUCGAUCGUGACCGGUGGGUUCAGCUCGGUCCGUUGUGGUUCAUAUGAUGAGAUUCUUAGCGGAAACUGUUCUGUGCAGGGCCCGAACCGUCCGAUGGGUGGUGAGCCGUCCAACUUUGGCACCGGAACUGAGGGUGUCUUCACGCUCACUACUCGUGCCGCGGCCCCGUUCUCACUUGGAUAA